AAGAAGAAGAAGAAGAGGAGACGGAGGAGGAAGAGGAAAACACAUGCUGAAAAGACCCAUGCCAAACAGCUAUCUAAUCACGCAACAAGCCGACGUUUCGCGAAGAGCGCAAUUAAAACAGACUUUCAUCCGAGCUAGCUAGUUGGAUUGGUAGCGGUUUGUCCGGCAGCAGGACAUGGCCGGGUGUGAAGCUGUGCUCACUGUUCGUCUGGUGAGGUCUUUCGAGCACAGAAACUUCAAACCAUUAGUUUUUCACGGAGUCAGUUUAGACCAAACGGUGCAGGACUUCAUUCAGCUUGUCCGAGACGAUAUAGCAACAAGACGAGGGCUUCCUCCUCCUUUCAAGACAUACGCGUAUGACACAAUGAAGAUUACCCACCAAGCACAUGGAGCAAAGACUAACGAGUUGGUGAUGAGUUUAGAAGAUGAUGAAAAUCUCAUUCUGCAAGACAACCAAACCCUUAGAGCUGCUGGCGUUGCAAAUGAAACAGAAGUGGCCUUCUUCAGGAAAGAAGAUUACGGUCUCUAUAAAGCAAAUCCCAAAACUGCUUGGUGACCACAGUAUUUUACCUGCUUUACUUUACUUUUACUUACUAUAGCAGUGUGGGUUCUUAAAGGAUAGGAAUCAAAGAUCAAGCAUGCCAGAAACAAUAGGAAUACAAGAAUUUUACCGACAGGUUGCGAACAUGGACAUUCAUCUUCAGUAUUGUUUAAAACAAAUGCUGAAUAAUGUUUACUAAGUUUUUAGAAAAUAUUGGAUCUUAAAGGCUUAUAAUCAACAGAAUAAAAUGUACUGCACUAUACUUAAAAACCUCUUAAUUGUGCCCACUUUGGCUCAAUGAGUAUAGUAUUUCAAACCGAUUUCCCUCAAGUGAGGAUAACAGGCUGAAGCAAUGGUUGAAGACCAUGAGGAGAAUAAACUGGAUUCCAUGUAACUAGUCAUGUCUCUUCAGUACUCACUUUGAGGAGCAUCAAUUUUUCCCAGACAAUAAGUUGGACAGAAAUACUUUAUGCACUGAAUACACGGUACAUUUUCUAAACUUCACCAAGACUUGGAGGUGAAAGUGGUGUAAAUACAAAACCUUAAACCAUCACUAUGUCAGAUCUGUACUCAAGUUUUUAUUAACUGCAUUGUUUUCACGCUGAUAAUGUACCUAGCAGGCAAAUGUUUGAAGGACUUACAAAUGCUGUUUCACAAUAAAGUCUAUACCAUGUUAUUUGGAAAAAAAAGCAGUCCCUGACAUUAUAUGCUUACAUGC